GACCAAUCACCUGAAACCGAACUGAAACCAAAACUUAGAACCUUUCCAACAGCAUAUUUCGGGUAAAUCCCCGGAAGUUGCGUUGUUACUCGUUUGAUGGCCAGUGUUGUCUUUCGCGAAAUGAAGUGAGAGUUAAAUCGUAGUGAAUAUGUGACUGUUUAAGUUGUUAGUGGACAGGACUGUGUGAAUUAAUUUGUAUGAACCAAUUUUGUAUGAGAUAUUGUGGACAUAAUGGAUUGGAGCAAUGAAGUUGGCACUGUUUGUAGUGCAAGAAUGCCUGUUAAAAUCGUGCAGAGAGCACAGUACAUGAAUGAUGCAAUGGAUUCUGUGUUUGGAAAAUUCACUCAAGCACGUCAUUAUCAGAAAAAUUCUGAGUUUCGUGGCGGAAUAUGGGAUUGCAAUCCAGUGGAAAAAACAGUGCCAACGGAGCUGUGUUAUAUGGACCUUUCGAACAAUUUACAGAACAAAACAUAUUCUUUGGAAGAAAUGCUAGCAUGCGAUAAUGAAGACGAUGAUACAGAAAUGAUAGAAGAUGACGAUGUGGCAGGUAAACAUAAUAAACCAGCUGAAGUAAAUGUCAUUACGUCAUGUACUGAAGUGUCUGUUGAUGUGAAAAAUAAACGAUGGCGAUCUGAAGAAUUCGAUAAAGCAUCUCUUCUGCCAUGUAAUGUUGAAAUUACGAGGAAAAAAUCUAAGAAAAAUGUUUCCUUUUCUGACAGUGUAGAAAGCAUGGAAAAUUCAUCAAAACCACCGGGAAUAAAUAAAUCUUCACAUGAAACUGUUAGAAAUGAUAUAGAUGUCAAAAUGAAAAGUAAUGUAAGUGAUUUGAAGAAAACUGUUAAUUGUAAUGAAAUUAAAGAAAUAAAAAAUUUUGUGACUUCACGGGAGAUCAGUGAUGUACCUGUCAAGUUGGAAAAAAACAGAAGUGUACUAGAAGGAAAGUCUGCUGAUAAAGAAAGCAAUAAAGUUAAAAGUUGGAAGAAAUUGAUUUCACAGCCGUGUGCCCUGGAAGAUCAACUGCUGAAGGAGCAGGUACAAGUUAAAUCAUCAGAGAAUUCGACAAAAGAGUCAUCAGAUAAGAAGAAAAAAAAUAUCCAUGUUACAGAGCAUGAGACAGAACCAAAAAGAUCUGAAAUUAAUUAUGAAGUAAAAAAUGAAGAGUUUAUGAAUCGUAAUCAUCUGAAAAAUCUCAUUCCUGAAUUAUUUGAUUUCAUUGAAUCUGAAACUAUGGAUAAAACUGAACAUACAUGUACAAAGAAGAAAGAUCAGUCGAAACAGAAAGAUAAUGAGUUGAUUACAAUGCAUAACACAGAACUGAAAAUGAAUAUUUCUCAGUCUUCUCAAGAAAAUGUUCCUCUAAAAGAUGAUCAUUCUCAUUCUCAGAUGGAUUUAUCUGCGAAUGAAGCAGCAUCAGAUAGUUUCGAAGAUGACAGUGCUUUAAAACUAGAAGAUAAAGUACAUUUGAAAAAUUUGUUAACAAAGUUUUUGAAGGACACAAAUAUUGCUGAAAGAAUCACAACACGAAUUGUAAAGCUUUCAGAACAAAACAACAAGGUGAAUGAUGUGUCUGAAAGAGACAAAAAUUUAUCAAAUGAUAAGCAAACAAAUUUUAUUCCAAUGGUAAGAUGUGAUAAAUCACAUGAGGAAAAUUCUCUGAAAGAACAAGUUAGCUGUUCUGACAACUUGCCAGAGGAUGAUCUUGAAUAUGAAUCUGUGAAUAAUGAUGUACAAAGAAAAAAGACUUGUUGUCCACCUGUUUGUGAAAAAUCAUCUUGCAAUCAGCCAAGUUUUCAGAGAAAUCGAUCCAUAGGGAAAGAUUUGAUGGUAGCUAAGGCAACAGAGAUUGAUGAAAAUUCUGAGAAAGCUUCUACAACUGCCUAUCAAGGUGGUAGAAAUUUUGAGAAAUCCAUUUCCAGAUCAAGAAGUGAUUCAUACACUAAUUGGAGGAGCCAAUGCAUUGAUGUGAGGGGAAAAGAUUCGAUGGAAAAUACUGUUCCUCAAAGCUCAACUUCAGUUGAUUGGAGAAAUGAAUGUACUAGUCCUAGAAAUCAACAUUAUAAUGCCUCAAGAUAUAAUAAUCACUAUUCAAAAAGAAUUCAAAAUUUCAAAAAGCAGGAGGAAGAUGUAUUAUCAAACAUAGAGUAUGUAGAUGAUAAUCCAUUGAUAGUAAUACCUUUGAAUAUAAGGGAACCUCCUGACCCUUCAACUAGAUUUAAGGAAAAUGUUGAUCCAGAAUCUAUUUGGGAUGCACCUGAAGAAAAAAAACUCCCACAUUGUAAUCAAACUCAUUUGCGAAAUGAAAGUAUUGGUUCAACAAAGGGCUCAGAAACGGAAGAGGUCCAUGCACAAUUCUUGAAAAGUAAACCCACAUCUAUCCCUAGAUUUUUUGACAAUCCUAAACGAACAUAUAUGUCUGCAAAAUCUAAUGAUGAAAUUUCUGAAGAAAUUAAGCAGUAUUCUCCAAAAAAAAUUACUAGUACCUCACCAGUGUUGUCAAAUGAGAAUAACAGAUCAAGAUCUCAUUCUCGGCAAGAAAAUUUCAAUCACCAAAAAUCUUAUCAAAGAAAUCGUUCAGCCUCUGAACACUGGAGAAGUCAUUUAUUUGCUACUUCUCUUGUACAUGAUAUCUUUUUCUUAAUAAAAAUUACAGAUCAAGAUGGUGCAAUUGAAAAGUUGAAAAUUCUAAAAGAAGAUUUUUUGGAAGUGAAAAGGGAAAAUGCGAAGUUGUCUUAUAUAAUUCCAGAUCCUAGAGACAGACCAAGAAAUAUUGCUUACAGUGCCAAUGCAGUAAAAAUGCUUGUGAGAUGUGUAUUUUCCGCAUCAUACAAGAUACCCAAUUGGAUGACUGCUUUAGAAGCUUUUUCUUUGGCGAAAAAGAUCGGAAUAAAAGGCUUACAAGAAGAAUGCCAAACGUACUUUAAGAAUUAUAAAACACUGUCUGAGCAAAUUGAAAAUGUGGCUGUAUGUGCUAAGCAACUGCAAGCUGUUGAUGCUUUGAAAUCUACAAAAUUUUUUCAGAAAGUUCAAAAUAUCGAGAAUUUUCCUGUCCAGAAUGCCUAUACACCUCAGAGAUGCUCUGUUUCAUGUUCUGUUUUAAUGGACUCAUCUGAAUUUGUUAUUCCUUUACUCUCUGAAAUUUACAGAGGCUUAGAGUCAUGCAAUGAAACAGAUGUGACCAAUACAUUGAUCUUUAGAUCACUUACUAAUGUUACUUGCCUAUCAGGUCUUCAGCUUAAAUUUCUCACGGAAGAUAUUCAUCCGCAGCUGAAUAUUGUAUGUGAAGUUUUUAAAAAUAAGGAGAAGUUAUUUUUUAAAGAAUUUGAUACAAAAGCCAAACCAUCAGUUAACAUUUCUUUUGAUGAUGAAAUUGAAGUAAAAUUGUCAGAACAAGUAGAAAUUAGCAUUAUUAUUGAAGAUGUGGUAUUAAAGUUGUGUCCACAGUUAACUGAUGAAUUUAUUCGUCAUGAGAAAUUUCAUGCACGAUUUGAAAGUUCUAAAACAAGCGAUAAAAACAAAUUAUUUUGUAUUGAAAAAUUAUUUUAUACUUAGUGGAAGUUGAGACGUUUUUUUGUUGCAUUUUUUAAAUGCUUUAUGUGAGAAAUAGUUGAAUUUUGGACAGUUUGAAUUUAAAAUGACAAUUAUGGAUGGAAUGAAAACUUUUUUUAAAUCAUUGAACUUCACAUGAACUUAAAAAAUUCUAGUUUUAGGGACUAUUUCAUAUAUACUUCUUUUCUUUCAUUCAUAUGUUUUUAUUAUAUUUUACAAAUGUUCCUACAAAGAUGUUUCGUAUAGUCAUAUUUAAAAUUGUUUCAUUGUAUUAAAGUUCAUCACAUUAAAAGAUUUGAUUUAUUUAUAAGAUUUAUAUUCUUACUUAAAUGCAAUUUUUUAAUUAUUUUUGUGAAAGAAACAUAUUUUGAAGCCUUUAUUAAUUAUUUUCUGUGAUUAUUAUUUUGCAUCAUAUUUUCUGGUAAUUGUUUAGGCUUCUCUUAAAUACAGUGAUUCUCAAACUUAACCCCCACCCAAAUAUCUUAAUUGCUUUGAUAUUAUAGCUUUCAUAUUAGGAAAAAUUAACUGUAGAUAAAGAGAACGAUUAAAACUUUUUUUUGUCUAAAAUCAUAUAUAUGAAAUCUUAAGAAAUGUUUCAUGUGUAAUUGUUUAAGUAAAUAUGUAUGUAAAUAUCAGGUCUUUAACUGUACAUGAAAAAUGGAAAAAGCCAGUUCAGCUGCUUGGAGGAUUUUAAUUAUUGAACUGUAAUGAAAAUAUCCUUUUGCAGAGAGAAUAUUCUUAAAUGAAAUCCUGGGAAUAUAGUAAAGAAGACAAGAAAUUUUUUUAUAACUUCGAAAAUUUUUGUUUAUGUUACUAUCCAUAUUGAAGUCAGAUAUUCUGAAAGAACAUCAAGCAAAGUUUGAAGCAUCAUGAGAGCAAUUAAUUUUAUUUUUAACUUUAAGGAAAUACAUUUUAAAAGUUACAAAUAAAAAAGUUUAAACAGUGCAAAAUGUACGAUUUUCAUCUUAAAAGACUUGGUUCAAAUCCUGUCAAAGUUGACAAUUUCUGAAAUUAUAGAUUUUCAACGGAGGAAUUUUUUUUUUUGUUGUUGUUGUUUGAUUGCAUACUCUGUUAAAAAAUAACUCAAGUACUUUAUAUAUAUGUAUAUGUAUGUAAUAAUAUUUUUAAAUCUAAUUGAAAUCUUAAUUAAUUUCUAAAUUUUUGUAUUUUUUUAAUCUAAUUCCAUCUUUUUUAUUUAAUUAAUGCUAUAUGUACUCAGAAAACUGUAAAAUUAGCAAGUUUUCAUGCUUUGAGUGAAGAGAUAAAAGUCCUUAAUGUUUCCAACAUUCUUUUAAAGAUACCUGAUUCCCUUUUCUAAAUCAACAUGCGACAAAGAAAUUCCUAUUAAAGUCUCAUAUUAAAAUUACUGAAAGGAAAAAUUUCUGCCUCUUUUACUCUUGUGUCGCAAUGUAGAUUAGUGCAUCUUCUACCGCUUUUUAUGUAUACAGAUUUAUCUCUAGGGAUAAAAUAAAUCAAAAUUAAAAAUUUUUUCCUUGGCCACGCAUUUAUUAAUACACACAUAAACUCGCAUUAUAUUAUUAAUUAUAUUAUAUAUUAAAUUAAAACUAGUAUUGAAUAUUUUUCUGAUGCUUCCUUUAGAAUGUCUGAAUGUCAUAUAUUGCUAGUAACAUUUUUAAAACCUGAAACUCUUGGUAGAUGGUUGAACAUUGAUAGAUUAUAAUGGACAUAAAAAAAUUAUAUUUAAAAUGCCAUCUAAGAAUGCAUGUUCUCUUUCAUGAAUUUUGAAAUUCAUUAAUUUUAUUAUCAUAAAAAGUUGCAAGAUAUAUCCAAUGUUUGGUAUUCUGAAUGCUGUACAAUACUGUGAAAAUAUUGUAGCAAUAUUAUGGAAUAUCUUGUGCUAAAGGGGAUAGGUUGAGAAUUAUUGUUUAAAAUAUAUAAUUUGAAGAUGUUUUAGAAUGUUUCCAUUACUCAUUUUCUACUACUUAAUUUAUAUUUUAAUUUUGUAUAUAAUACUUUGUAACACAUUCACCUCUUUAUUUGAAGUUGCUCACUUUUCUGUUAAUAUUUAUUACAUGCUUGUAUAAUUUUAUUUAUACAAACAUUUCAGCAUCCUAAGGAUAAGUUUACGUGUUUUGAUGGCAGUUGUGGAAAAGUAUCCCCUACUAACUUACAUAAUUUAUCAUGAUUUCUUAUCUACCAUGUAAUUUUAUCAAAAUAUUUUUGAACAAAAUCAGAAAUAGAAAGAAAUUUACUGUCUUGAAAUGAGUUGCAAUGGAAAUGUGAAAUUUACUAUAAAUGAUAUCGUUAACUUUUUUAACAUGAUGUUUUUGAUUACAAUGCUUUCUUAAAAAACAGUAUUAAAAAAAAUCAAAAUUAAGUUUUUGUUUAAUGUUGAUUAAGUAUUUGGUAUCCUUGAACAGCUUUAAGACCAUCAAAACUUUGAUGAUUUCAGUCACAACUUAAGUUAAUACUACAGAGAAACACACUACAUAAUAUAUAGUUAUGCCCAUUUAAAUAUACCUGAAUAUGUUAUAAAUAGACAGAAUUUUAUUUAAAUGCAAGUUAUUGAUAAUUUAUGUAAUAAAAAUUUAUUUCAUAAAUCAAUUACUUUAUUUUGUGUAAUUAUACAAAACUUAUCACAUUAUUCAGUGAUAAUCUUUCACUUAGCUUUCUAUUUAUUGUCAGCAUAAGUAAUUAUUGACUGUGGAAUAUAUUUAUUUGUUUUUUUUAAUACUAAAAGUUUUAGGAUAAAAAAAAAGCUUCCAUCUUUCAAAUGUGAAAUUGUAUAUAGUAAAAAUCUUCACCUACUUAAAUUAUUUCAUCUUUGAUAUAUUUUCUAUUCAUUUUUCUUAAACAAAAAUUUACUAAUACUUUUAAAAAAACCUCUUGUAUCUAAUAAACUGGAACUAAGUAAAUUAUGUUCUUCUUUAAUUAUAUUAGCAUUUCAUUCAAUUAUAUAACUCGUUUUGAAGUUAUUCAGGUAUUAUUUUGGGCUGAAGAGGUAUUCAUUUUAGAUGCAUUUUUUAAACUAAUUUUUCAGGUGUUCUAGUGUUUCUUUAUUUAUUAUCAAUUUUAGAAUUUUUUAAAAGAAAUUUAAUGUAAUAUUAUAAAAUUUCCUAAAAUUAUUUUUAAAAAAUGCUGUAUGAAAUAUAUUGUUAUAAUACAGGAAUAUUAUUAUAUAAUUAUUUUGUAAAUAUAAAAUAUAAAUUAUUUUUAAUUUAAUAGUUUUUAAUAAUUUCUUCCUCAUGAUUUGUUGCUUUCCAAAUACUACAAUUUCUAAUAUUUAAAAUAUAUAAAUGCAAAAAAAAAAAAAAAAUCAUUAUGAAGACUAAUUAAGAAAUUAGAAAAUAGGCUGCGACUGAUGUCAACGUUUUAGCAUUUAUACUAUAAAUUUCAAUGUGUUUUUGUGGAGGCAUUGUAGUUACAAGCAUCAUAUAAUUGAUUCUUUUAAAAUUUUCAUUUGAUAGUUUUAUUUUAUUAGAAUGUAGUUACAUGGAACUUUUUAUAAGUGUUUUUAAAGCAUAAAAAUGUAAAUAUUAAAAACUUCAUUUAUCUCUUAUAUUAAUCUUUCUUUUUAUGUGAAGCUUAGAUACAAAUUUUAAUGGCAACAGGAGUUUAUAGUUUAAAAACAAAUUUUUAUAGAACAAAUGAUGAAUUACAAAUAAUUGUCAGUAAAGAGAGACGAGUUGUUAAAAGAUUAAUCUUUAAUUAAUAUAUUAAAUUUUUUUAUAUUUCUCAUUAACUUUUGAAUAAAUUUGUUUAAAAUUAUCAUUUAGGAGAAGGGAAUAAAAUGUAAUCAAAACGAAACAGAACUUUUUGAAUUAAAAAUAGUGUAUUAUGACGAAUUUUACUAUAUUUGAUUGACAAAAAUUGAAAUUUAAUACUGUGUAAAAAUUUCAUGUAGGACAUUUGUUAAUUUUUCAAUAUCUUUGUGUACUAGAAUCAUCUUAACGAAAAUCACAUUUUGCCUUAUUUGUCAUUAGUAAAAGUAUAAAUUACAUCAUAGUCGCAACUGAUAACAGUAUUUGUGUAGUUUUAAAUAAAAUCUUUGUAAGAGACAAAGGAAUAGCUAAUUACUGUGUGUUGAUAUUGACAUAUAAAAAUAUAUAUAAUCUCGGCACAAACCAAGAAUCUGUUUUGAAGCAUAUGCCGGAGAACAAAUCUCCAUCUAUCUAUGUACAUUAUACUGUCUCUAUUGUAUCAGGAUAGUAUCGUGGUGGUUGAAUCAUGCAUUUUUAAUGCCUAAAAGAAGUUUUGAAUUGUUCAAUGGUUCAGUUAUUAUAUAUUGAAAUUAAUUAUAUAUACUAUAAUUAGUAUAUGUAAAUAUACAUACAUAUAAUAUUCUUGAUAAUAUUCAUUAUAUUAUAUGUUUAUGUUGUGGAAUCAAAUAUGAAGUACGAAGGAUGUUCAACGGGUUACCCUUUCAAUGUCUGUUUACAGGCACAAAAUAUUAGGGAAGAUAUGAUUUGCUGUUUAUUAGCAUUUCUAUAUGCUUUUCUGGCAUACUGAAAGCUUGCUCUAGAGAGAUAGAGCUCUUAUCAAUGAAGCAUGAACAUAAAAUAUUUAUGUUUAAAAGUUCAUUGAAGUUUCAGAUGUAUUAUUGUGAGGAAGUCAAAGUAUUUAUUCCUCAGUUGUUUUAAAUAUCUAAUUGCCCCAUGUAUGUGGUGCUGGUGUUGUUGUCGUUUGUUCUGACUGGUAUGCUCCCAUUUUGAUGAACUAAAAAUGUGGGAUACCGGUUGAUUAGUCUUCUGAUGAAGAAGUCAAGUUAAAGAAAUGAUGAAAAUUUUUCCAUGGAAAGGUUUGUUUUCCUUUUCUGGUAUUUCUGACUAAUUUUCUGUAUUAAAUAUUUCCUCUGAGAUUGAUUUUAGACAACUACAGCUGUGGACAAAAAGAAGAGAAAUUGUUUUAUUUUAGACAGCUACAGCUGUGGACAUAAAGAAGAGGAAUUGUUUUUUGUAUAAUCGAGCAGUGAAAAUUCUGAUUAUCUGUAGGGCUGACUGGCAUUCAUUGCCUGUAAAGGAGUUUUUUUUUUCAUUUUAGGGAUGGAUUGAGAUCCCAUUUUUCUGUUUAUCUUCCAUUUCUAAUUGUAGAAAAGGAAAUUUAUCUGAUUUUACUUAGUGUCUGAAGAUAAAUUUAAGCAUGAAGAUUGCUGCUUGUAGGCUGGCAAUGAUUCCAUUUGCCACGAUAUAAAUGAAGCUUGUCAGUUGAUAAAUAUUCUCAAGAUUCCUCUAUUACCAAUUAAAAUGAGAUAUCAAUCUUAACUGAAAAAGAAGGAAAUAGCUAUUGAAGUAAUCGUUAAAUGUAAUAAGGAAAUGGUUCCAAACCAUACGUUCUGAAAUUGCACAAAAUGGAACUCAACAAGGCUAAAAAUAAAAUAUGUCUGUUAUUAAAUUUAUUUAGUUCUAAAUUUUUUUUCAGAACAUUAAAAAAAAAUCUGGUUUACAUAUAUAAUGUAACAUUUUUUUUUUUUUGCAAUUAAUAGCCAUAAAAAAUGAACAAACUAAUUACUCAUAUUGAGGAACAGUUAUUAGUGUUGAAUUCAAAAUUUUAGAUUUUUAAUUACUGCUUACAAAACUACAUCCAACUGAUGGGCUUCAUUCAAGAGUGUUAUAUAUUGUGAAUUUGAAUACAAAAGAUUACCGUAGCAUUUUCAAUUGUUUUUCUUCCAGACCUAAUGUUUCUGAUACUGCUACGUACAGUGGUGGUCGGCUGUACGCAAGAAGGAGACCUGAUGUUUCUGAUUUGUGGAUAAAUUAAUGUUUUCUGCUUGUUGAUGUGUUUUAAAGAAAUUAGCAUAAAGUGCAACUGAAAAAUUGUAAAAUACCAGAAGUUUUAUAUAAAUUUAUUCUUGUAGAAAAUUUUUAGGAUUAUUUUUUUUAGUGCAAUGUAUAAUUCUUUUAAGCAAAAUGUUAUGAAAUCAUAAAUUUCCAAUAAAUAAACUAUUAUCCAUAAGUGUUAGUGAUGGUCAAGGUUUUGUUGUAAGGAGUUAGAGCGAAUAAAAUUAUUUUUGACUGUUUAAAGGUUGUUUAUAAGUGUAAUAUUAUAGCUUGUUAUCUGUGUAAAUUUUAAAAUAGCAUUUUUUUGACUAAUUCUUCUGUAUUUGUUGCCAAAUUUCAUUUUAAUAAAGCUUAAUGAAAAAAAAAUUGUUUGAAUUU